AUGGCCCAUAAAGAGACUCAAACCUCGCUGUCAUCGCGCAACUCAACUGAACCGGUCCAUGACUCAGCUAGUGUGUGGACCUUGUUUGACCAUAGCGACACAUAUGAGGUGGGCGACGUUCUAGAAAGAAAUGAGAGUUUUGCAAGAGGCAAUGUCGACAGGGACUCUCUGGAGAAAGAUAGAAUUAUCGUGGAUUGGGAUGGCCCCGAUGAUGCGGAGAAUCCCAAAAACUUCCCUCAAUGGAGGAAAUGGGUAAUCACCAUGAUGCUAGGAUUGAUGACGAUUUGCGUUACAUUUGCGUCCUCUGUCUUUAGCACGGCGACCAAACAGACAGCUAAAAAGUUCGGUGUCUCCCAAGAAGUCAUGAUACUCGCCAUCAGUCUAUUUGUCCUGGGCUUUGCCUUUGGGCCUAUUAUCUUUGGCCCUUUGUCCGAACUAUAUGGCCGGAAGCGCCCGAUGUUUCUGGGCAUGUUCGUCUUUGGAAUCUUCCAAAUCCCAUGCGCAGUAGCUCAGAAUCUUCAGACUAUCUUCAUCUGUCGUUUCCUUGGGGGAGUCUUUGCCAGUGCCCCGCUUGCCAUUGUGUCUGGCAUCUUAGCCGAUAUGUUCGAGCCAGUAGAGCGUGGCAUUGCAAUGGCUAUCUUCGCCGCUGCUACCUUCAUUGGCCCCGUAGCUGGUCCAAUAGUCGGCGGGUUUGUCACCAUUUCCUACCUAGGCUGGCGCUGGACUGAAUACAUUACCGCGAUUUGGGCUCUUUCAUUCGCUGCAAUUGGCAUUCUGGUCAUACCCGAGACCUUUGAGGGCACGCUACUCACAAAACGGGCCAAGCGACAACGCACUAGGACUCAAAAUUGGGCAUUCCACGCAAAGGCGGAAGAGAAGGUAGUGAGUUAUCGAGCUAUUGCCAUACGAUACCUGUUGCGGCCUUUUCAAAUGCUAGUGCAGGAACCUAUUCUUCUUCUUAUUACCCUGUACAUGGGGUUUAUCUACGCGUUUCUGUAUACCUGUUUCCUCGCCUACCCGAUUUCAUUUCAAGAUCAACGUGGUUGGAAUGAUGGCGUCGGAGCAUUGCCAUUCGUCGCUAUCAUUUGCGGCGUUGCCUGCGCAUGUCUGAUUAUCAUUGUAUUUUCCUUGACGCGCUAUCGAAGUAUCCUACGCAGUACCGGGAGAGUGAAGCCGGAGGAACGUCUUGUUCCUAUGAUUAUCGGUGGCAUCUUGUUGCCAGCAGGGAUGUUUUGGUUUGGCUGGACCUCAGAUCCUCACAUUAUCUGGGUUCCACAGGUUGUUUCUGGCGGCUUCUUGGGCGCAGGGGUUCUCUUGAUUUUCUUGCAGGGACUCAACUAUAUUGUUGACGUCUAUCCGAUGUAUGCAAACUCGGCGAUCGCCGCGAAUUCCUUCUUUCGCUCGUGGCUGGCUGCUGGGUUUCCCAUGUUUGCCACGGCCCUGUUCAACAAUCUGGGCAUGAGCUGGGCGAUGACUUUGCUGGGUUGUCUCACCGCCGCAUUGUUCCCUGUGCCCAUUAUGUUUUUCAUCUACGGACCGAAGAUUCGAUCCUGGAGUAAAUUCACUGUGAAAGAGUGA